AUGCGUCUCGGUUUGUUUUUACGGUUGCUUUACGCAUCGGCUUCACUCCGAUUCAAUCCGAGCUCGCAGCGGGCAUCCAAUGCGCAUACUCCUCGUAUUCAGUGUUUGGACAGAGUCCAGGUUGCGUGGUGCUCACACAGCGUGGGAGGCGAGGCCGUGAGGGCAUACCCGUUCUGUACCAUGAGAUGCACUGUCCGACGGCUGAUUGUGUACACCGUGCUCAUCACGUUGAUCUCUUACACGGGUUUCCGCCUGACGCAGCCGGUGAGCAUCCCGAUCAGCAACCCCGCGGCAAAUGUCGGCAUCGUGAGAUCGGCAGGUGUUCAAGCGGGAGGCGAGACGCGCGAGCCGAGGAUGGGCGCAUCGGAGCCUAAAAUCGACGUUGCAAGCGUCACACCGAUCGUUCCAACGGAAACGCGUGUCGAUGACUUGGAGGAACAGCCCACCUCAUCUCCUCCUCCACCUCAACCCGCCCAGCCUCGCGCUCCCCCUCCUCCACCCACUCCUCUUCUCGGGGCGGAUGAUCAGGUCGUCGUGAAAGCUGAGGGAAACGCCACCGUAGAGACUGAGGUUAACGCGACGAGGAUCCACGUGGGCAAGCCUGGGGAGUACGUCGCGCCAAAGUCGAAGCUCGCGGAGGACAAUCAGCUCACCGCGGAGCUCGUUGGCAGGUACGCCGAGGAUAACAUUGUGAUGGUGACUUGGGCGAACCACCACUACCACGACUUCGUCAGGAACUGGGUGAGGAACGUUCGAAAAUGUGGCAUGCGAAACUACAUGGUCGGCGCGAUGGACAACGAGUUGCUAGAAAAGCUCAUCGACGACGAGGUGCCCACGUUUGCCAUGCAGAGCGGGCUCACGACGAAGGACUUUGGUUGGGGCACGGCGAACUUCCACAAGAUGGGUCGCAAGAAGAUUGAGCUUAUCCAUCUGUUCACGGAGAUGGGCUUCGACAUUCUCGUGUCCGACGUGGACACCGUGUGGCUGCGUAAUCCGCUCCCGUACAUGGCCAAGUACCCCCACGCAGACGUGCUGACGUCGAGCGAUCACUUGGCCAACACCGCGGAGGGUGAGGGACUCGAAGAUCCAAGGAAGGCGCACUCGGCUGCUAACAUCGGCAUCAUGCUGCUUCGCGACACCGCGAAGGAGCUCGCAAAGGAGUGGGUGGAUGUGCUGGAGAAGGAUGACAAGGUGUGGGAUCAGAACGUGUUCAACGAUCUGUACAGGCGCGGCGGAGGACCUUCCGUGAAGGAUGAUAAAAACGUCGUCACGGGAUAUGACGGCAAGCUGAAGGUGGGCAUCCUUCCCGUCAGCAUGUUUGCGAGUGGGCACACCUAUUUCGUCCAGAGGAUGCACGAGAAGGUUGGUGUCGAGCCUUAUGUGGUGCACGCUACUUUUCAGUACUCGGGUACCGAGGGUAAACGACAUAGGAUGCGCGAGGCACUGCUCUGGGAGGACUCGCCUGAGUACUACGACCCGCCCGGAGGACUUCUGGUGUUCACGCCGGACGUUCCGAAGGAGCUCCUCGAUAACUCGCAGAGCGUUGAGGGUCACUUCGAUCUCGUGAACCAUCAGAUCCUGCAAGUUAGGAGCGCGCUUCAGGUUGCGCAGAAGCUCGGUAGGGUCCUGGUCAUGCCCGAGUUGUACUGCGGCUUUGACCGGUGGUGGGCUCCGCACAAGGGAACUAUUCCGGGCUCGGACACAACGCUGCCAUACCUGUGUCCGAUGGACCACGUGUUCGAAGUGGAGACGUGGAUGAGGGAGCAACCUGUAGAGGAAUCUGGACCACACAUCGAUUUCAGGGAAUACAGCUUCUUCCGAAAUCCCCUGGUGCCAACAAACGUGAGGGACUCAACCGUGACGGUGAGUCUGGUUGACGAGUGCGGCCGGGAAGAGUGCACCCAGGCGGUGGGGAAGGCCGCGCCCGCCGGCCAGGACACUAUCGUCGCCGCAAGAAACUUUACUGACGUCCAGGUCCAGACGCUCCUGACGGAAUACAAGGACGUCAAGGUGCUGAACUUCACCUCGAUGGUUGGGGCGUUCAGUCAGUUUGAGGACCCGGAGGAUGCCAAAAAGUUUUCCAACCGAAUCAAAAAGUACGCGGCGAUAUGGUGCUGCAAGCACAGGAACCCGGGCCACAUUUGGUACGACAUGGAGUUUGACAUCGUGCCACACGUCGAUCGUCACAAUAGGAAAUGGGACGGGGGGAAGAACAAGUGGAAGCUGGUCACGGGGCCUUGACGUGGCCGAGUUGUUUUUUAUCAUUCUUUCACUCUCUCUUUUUUAUUACUUGGACUCGGGCGCCACUACUCCGAGGUAGGUC